GUACUGUACAGAUCUCAACAUUUGGGCGGAAGAAUAUGGUGCGACGGAGCGGUUGGAUAGAACUAUCACGACCGCGACGAUGACACAAGAUGGGCUAGUUCUAAGCGAUGUCGCCGCACGAUUCGCCGACUUGCCCAUAUCCCUUCUCCACGCCGAGCUCCAACGACGACAAGCCCAAGGUGAACGGCCGGAAUGCGGCUCGAACAACACCAACAGGAAGUACAGCUUCCCUAUCCACGCCGUCGCCCUCCUCGUGAUCCUCAUCCUCUCUACCCUCGCCUGUUCGUUUCCCUUGAUCGUUCGAUGCUUCCCCAAGCUGCCAGUCCCGCACCAUGCCCUGUUCAUCAGUAGGCACUUCGGCACGGGCGUCCUCAUAGCCACCGCCUUCGUCCAUCUGCUACCGACUGCGUACACGAGUCUGACGAAUCCAUGUCUUCCCCCUUUCUGGACACACACAUACCCGGAAAUGCCAGGCUUUGUUGCCAUGGUCAGUAUCAUUGUGGUGGUUGGAUUGGAAAUGAUAUUCGCAAUGAGAGGAGCAGCGCAUAGUCACCACGUAGACUUUGAGCAAUUGCGAGGAUCAGGAGGGCCUGUGGAGAGGCCGGCAGGAAGAGGCAGAAGCACAAGCUUCAACAGUUUUCGACAGGUGCCUUUGGAUGAUAUGAGCAGGGACGGACCUUCGGAUAGAAGUGCUUAUACAGACGCGCCUCCUACGCCGGGAAGCCCGGGAAGCUCAUUGAAUAAGCCCUUGCCCAGGCCACCUAGCCGUGGUGAGCAAGAGGACGAAGAAGAUGAAGAUGAUGAUCUCGAUCUGGAUGAGCUGGACCCGAAUGAGGACGAUAUGCAGCCUUUGACUAGUAAGGCCGAUACUGACAACGAUCACUCAACAAUGCACACACAUGCGAAUGGCAAUGGCCGGCCUGGUUUCCACAAGCGCAAGAUCUCCUGGGCAGAUCAGGGGGCUGGAAGUGAUCACCAAGCGCAUACGCCUGCUGUACUGCCAGCAGCCCAGGAGCAGCGGCUCGUGCUCCAAUGUCUGAUGCUCGAAGCGGGUAUCCUGUUCCACUCUGUCUUCAUCGGCCUCGCUCUCUCUGUGUCCACAGGCAGCAAAUUCGCGGUGCUCCUGGUGGCAAUUUCCUUUCAUCAGACAUUUGAGGGUCUGGCACUGGGGUCUCGCAUUGCCUCAAUAGGAUCCUUUUCUACCUCAUCCUACAAACCUUGGCUCAUGUGUCUGAUGUAUGGCAUCACCACUCCCAUUGGCCAGGCGAUCGGUUUGGGCGUACAGGGGCUGUACGAUCCCGCAUCACAAUUGGGCCUGCUUAUGGUCGGAACUAUGAACGCCAUCAGUAGCGGACUUUUGAUCUAUGCAGGUCUCGUACAACUCCUCGCCGAAGACUUCCUCAGUGAGUCGAGCUAUGCUGAGCUCAGAGGUGUACGAAGACUGCAGGCCUGCGCGUCUGUAGUUGCUGGCUGCGCUCUGAUGGCCUUGGUAGGCGUCUGGGCGUAGCACCAAGUGGCCACAACGCAUAUAUACAUGUAUAUCCUUAACUCCCA